AUGGAUACCGAAAACACCUGCUCAGCAUGUAGCUGGUCGCCAACCCGUCAAGAAGCGUGCUGCUACAAAAGCCAUGUGAAACUCUUCUACGGCGUCAGUAAUCGAGGAGCGUGGUCUCUAGGUUCAAACCUCAUCCUCAAAGAACGGUCCAUCGAGCCACCCAAUUUCGAAUCUGCCAACUUGCGAUUUCUGUCCGAGAAGACUUCAAUACUGAUACCCCAGACUGUUGAAGAGUGGAAAGAGGAUGACGGGACAUAUUUCCUGCUCACAAAACGGAUUCAGGGACAUCCCUUAAAUGAAGUUUGGUCAACGUUGUGCGGGGCAGAUAAAGAGCGCAUAGCAAAACAGACCGCUGAAUAUCUCAUUCAGCUUCGCACACUUCAUUCGAGUCGGAUGGAAAGCUUGAACGGACAGCCUCUGUACAAUGCUUUUCUAUUUAUCAAUGAUUAUGGCAUUGGCCAUGGGCCCUUGUCAUCCGGUGAUGAGCUGUGGGCUGAGAUGUCAUUGGCACUGACAAAUGUACCAGAGCAAGUUCGCUCAAAGUUACGACAGCAUCAGGGUAAUUUGGCAGGUAUUUUGGACUGGGAAUCUUCGGGCUAUUUCCCCGUAUGGUGGGAGUUUACGGCUGCGGGGAUUGGUCUUGGUCAAGAGGAUAAAGAAUGGAAAGAUCUACUGCGUAAGUACCUUCCGGAUCAUACCGAAGCUCGCAAUUUCUGGCUGGAUUUCUUUGCAUUGCGCAAUAAUCCGAAAUUAGACGAGAGAGGAUUGAGGGUUUUGAAUGAUUUGGGAUUCAGUUUUCCAAAUCAGGUCUGA